AUGGAGCCAGCGAAUGAGAACACUGGCUCGGUGCCUCGGCAGCAACCACGCCCAUCUUCACCUUCCCAGCCCUCGACUCCUCCAUCUGACACCAUUAGCAAUGCUACUAUAGCGGCAUCGCUCUCCAAUGGGGUAGCUGUCAGCAAUGGUCCAGUUCUUCCCCGGGCAGAAGACCUCUCGAAUAAAGAUCGUCCGGUCUCCGGCAUAGUCCCCCCAUACUGGAGUCACCACCGCAAUGCAUCCAGAGCUUCACACAUCUCUAUCGACCAGUCUCCGGGAAUAACCCUUGAGGAUCAUACGGAGGAUCCAGACUGUGAGACCAGUCGUGGCCUGUGGGCAAAAAGCGUUGCUGUCGAUGACCAUGUCGUCGUACGAGGGAAGACGGGUAUAGGAUCCUAUGUGGUGUGGAAUUGCAGAAUUCAAACGCUUGAUGGCGGUCCUAUCACUGUUCGCUUAAGAUAUUCCGAGUUCGAUGACUUGCGACAACGAUUAGUCGCGUCCUUUCCACAUGCGAAGAAUGCCCUCCCUCCCCUUCCUCCCAAGAGCGUCAUUUUCAAAUUUCGCCCGUCUUUCCUCGAAUCCCGCCGGGUCGGCUUGGAAUAUUUCUUGAACUGUGUCCUCUUGAACCCUGAGUUUUCCAGCUCACCAAUCGUCAAGGACUUUUUGUUCGGAAGAUUGUGCUAA